AUGGCGAAGCCAAAGGGCCUGGUGUUCGGCGUAGACUUCUUAGAGCCGAACGCUUUGAAUGAAACUAAAUUGGCGAAAAUUAGGGCGGAGUACCACAUCCCAGAUUCGAUGGUGAUGCGGAUCCCCAGGCCGUUCGAGUCGUUGAGCAAUUCAGACGGUGAGGUGGUCUUCUUCACCGAUGCCUUCAAACAUGGGCUUUGGCUGCCGUCGAGGCAUUCGGUGCAGAAGAUCCUAGCUCAAAUUGGUUAUGCUCCGGGGCAGUUUAAUCUGAACUUCUAG